GGAGGCUUUAGUUUUGUGGGGACUGUUCCAGUUUCCUCCUCUCCUCCCGAUACUUUCCCUUCUCCCCCAAAAAAACGAAAAAUUCCGCCAAUUUUUCAUAUACAAUCCUCCAUAUCUCUGAUAAAUCACAAUAAAACCCUAAUUUCCCCAACUUCGUCACUACUCUUAUAUUCUCUUGUAUAAUUUUUUGUCUCCAAUUUUCAGAUAGAGAGAGUUUUUGAGUUUCGAGUUAAGAAGAAGGCAGCAGGCUAUGCGAUCGCGGUGGGGCGAGGUGGCGCAAACCGAUGUGGCGGCGGCGGGAGUGGAAAAACUGGAGGAAUCAGGUCGUUAAUGGCCGUACUGCAAAUGACGUGGCAGCCGAGCUCCCUCAAUCAAAAACGCAAGUCUGGUCCACCUCUAGGGCUUAAAAACCUCGGCAACACUUGCUAUCUUAACUCCGUUCUUCAGUGCCUCACCUACACCCCUCCCCUCGCCAAUUUUUGCCUGAAGUACCAGCACUCCUCUUCUUGUGAUGCAGCUGGGGUAGCAUCGGACAAAAAGAGAGAGUGUCCAUUUUGUAUAUUAGAGAAAAGGAUUGUAAGGUCCCUGAGUAUAGAUUCAACUUUAGAUUCACCAUUGAAAAUAAAUAACUGUUUGAGACUUUUUGCUGAGCAUUUUAAACAUGGAAGGCAAGAGGAUGCACAUGAAUUUUUGCGAUAUGUGAUUGAUGCUUGUCAUAAUACAUGUUUGAGAUUGAAAAAACUGCAGUUGCAGCGAAGGAAAGGUGGGAGUUGUGGGGAGAGUGGUAAUGGAAAUACCAUAGUGAAAGAGAUAUUUGGAGGUGCUCUGCAGAGCCAAGUAAAGUGUUUGUCCUGUGGGGCAGAGUCAAAUAAGGUGGACGAUAUCAUGGAUAUCAGCCUCGAUAUCUUACAUAGUGGGUCUCUCAAAGAUGCUUUGCAGAGGUUUUUCCAGCCUGAGAUUUUGGAUGGUGGCAACAAGUACAAGUGUGAUAGUUGUAAGAAAUUGGUGGCAGCACGGAAGCAAAUGUCUAUACUUCAAGCACCAAAUGUUCUUGUAAUCCAGCUAAAGAGGUUUGAGGGUAUUUUUGGUGGGAAGGUCGACAAGCCAAUAGCUUUUGAGGAGGUUUUAGUGCUUUCCAGCUACAUGUACAAAGGAAGCCAGGAUCUUCAUCCAGAGUAUAGACUUUGUGGUACCAUUGUGCAUGCGGGCUUCUCUCCAGAUUCUGGACAUUAUUAUGCAUAUAUAAAGGAUGCUAUGUCCCGCUGGUAUUGCUGCAACGAUGCUUAUGUUACCCCUUCGAGCUUGCAGGAGGUUCUGUCGGAGAAGGCUUAUAUUCUUUUCUUCACCCGUUCUAAGCAAAGGCAGCCACUUGUCAAGACUGGUUUGCUGGCCAAUGGAUUGAAGUCUCAUGAGUCGAAUGGCAUUGAUGCCAUCUUAUCAAAGUACAAUCAGUCGAAUGGCAUUGAUGCUAAUGGGUCAAAGUACAAUCAGUCGAAUGGCAUUGAUGCUAAUGGGUCAAAGUGCCAUCAGUCAAAUGGCAACGAUGCCAAUAGGGCAAAGUCCCAUCAGUUGAGUGGCAGUGAUUCCAAUGGGUCAAAGUUUCAUCAAUCAAAUGGCAGUGAUGCCAAUGAGUCAAAGAGGCAUCAAUCUAAUGGCAGUGAUGCCAGUGAGUCGCGGAGACACCAAUCUAAUGGCAACGAUGCAUCCAAAAUCUUGAACUCAUGCCAAUCAGAAAAAGUGACGAAGACAAAACAUGUUUUUGAUCAGCACUUGGAGACUAAUAAUCUGACCUCAUCAAAGGUCAAUAAGGUGCCUGCUGGACUUUCAAGGAAGUUGAGUGUCUCUGAAAAUUCUGAUACAAGAAAAUGCCCUGUCAAUGGUGGUAUCAAAAUAAUUGUUCAUAAAAAGGAUUUCCCUGCAACAACUUCCAAGUCUACCACUUCUACUGAUACAGAGAACAAUAAAAACAAUGCACAAACUGUGACCGAUGGAAAUGGUGUUGGCAAAGUUAGACGAGAUGAAGCCUUAUAUACUGCCAAUAGCGGAUCUUCUACGGUGGCAAAUGGUCACUGUAAGAUUCAAAAUAUAAAUGGUGAUUCCGUAGAGAAAGGUCAUAAAGAAAACCAUGUUAGGAGGGAUAUCAUGGCAGUAGGAAGAACUCAUAACCAAAAAGAGGAGUCUAAUCCAGAUGUUAAAUGCCAUUCUGAUGGCUCAAGGUUGAAAAGAAAGUCACAGGACAAAGAUCCUUGUAUUUUGCUCGCAACAGAUGCUCAAUCUUGUGCCAAGGUGGAGGAGUUCAAGAAAGUCAUUGAGAAAGAGACUUCAUCAGUGCUGGCAUCAUGUGGUUGGUCAGAAGAAGUUUACACUUUUAUGCGUUCUCGGAAAAAGCUGUGUGUGGGACGAGCAGAAUAUGAUGCAUCAAAUGUCAACCAAUUGAAGAGGCUGUUGAUAAAAGAUGCCAAAUCAGCUUUCAUUUCAAAAAUUCCCGAGUCGUUGAAGGGGAGGCUUAUUGAACAUCUAGUAUUAUUCAGCAAAGAGAAACAACCUUCUAUUGCGUGAGCAGUCUUGCAAGCCUCUAGCAAUUGUAGAUGUUGAGGUUGGCUCCUCAUACUGUGAUGCUGAAAAUGAUGGAGUUAAUUUACUAUGGCAUCCUGAAGUCUGAAUUUAAGUACGAGUAUAUUCUAUUUCAUCAGUGGCAGAAGAUACUCUUAUCACAUCUCUAAUGUUUUUGGAACUCGGUAACUGGUCAAUUGAACCAAUUGUAGAUGAUCGUCCUGUAAAAGAUAAGGCAUACAAAAGUCGAGCCUGGAUGUCACCUUAAAUUUUCUUCUUGCAGGCGGUGCAAUAGGUGUUUGAUAGAGAAUGACACAAAUGUUGCUCAUAUUGUAUGAUAUCCUUUUUGAUCGUAUGUGUAGCAUAGAAUCCCAUUUUAUGGAUGUAUCACAAUUUUCCCAUCAAAAUGUGGCCGGAGUGUACGAUUGGAUCAGCAAUUGAGUAUUAUUACUGCUACUUUUUCUAACAUUUGCACUGAUCUUGCUUUUA